GCUCACUCUUCGGGUCUGUUCGGCCCCGCAAGGCCUGCUGGGUAAGCACAUCAGUCUUUCCCCUUUGAGGAAGCACCAUGUCCAAAUUAAAAACAAUAAAUUGGCCUCAGCUGGUGUUAUUCGGCGACUCCAUCACUCAGUUUGCUUUCCAAGCCGGCGGAUGGGGCUCAGAGUUAGCCAACAGACUAGCGAGAAAGUGUGACGUGGUGAACAGAGGACUGUCAGGCUACAACUCCAGAUGGGCCAAGAUCCUCCUGCCUCGCCUCAUCAGCAGCCAAAACUCAGCGGACCACCACAUCGUCGCUGUCACUGUCUUCUUCGGGGCAAACGACUGCGCCCUCGAAGAUAAGAACCCGCAGCAGCACGUCCCUCUGCAGGAGUAUUCAGACAACCUGAAGGAGAUCGCCACACACCUGGCCUCGGCCGGUGUGUCCGCAGACAGGGUCAUCUUCAUCACACCGCCUCCUCUCCACGAGUCCGCCUGGGAGAAGGAGUGCAUACUGAAAGGAUGUCCUCUGAAUCGUCUGAACUCAGUAGCAGGGCAGUACGCUCAGGCGUGCGUCCAGGCAGCCGGCCAGUGUGGCGCAGACGUCCUGGACCUCUGGACGCUCAUGCAGAAAGACGGACAGGACUACACAGUCUACCUCUCAGAUGGACUUCAUCUCUCAGAGAAGGGUAACCAGUUUGUGGCCGAGCACCUGUGGGGGCUGCUGGAGAGCCGUAUGGCCAACCUGCCCUUCAUCCUGCCCUACUGGGGGGACGUGGACGCCGCGAGCCCAGAGAGCAGCCUGCUGUGUGAGCAGUGAGGAGGACCUGGCGAGUUGAGAGCAUGACACUGGACUAAGACCUAGUUUUGAAGCAGUGGAGCAAUUUCAGAUCUGGUGAACUGAAAUAACACACACACACACACAGUGAUACAGUGAGGGGGAAAAAAUGUAUUGACCAGUAUGUGAAAUGUGAGACGUAUCUCAAUUAUCUUGUAAAAUACACAAUAAAGAUUUUUUUUUAUUAUUAUAA